AUGGCAGAAGGCUGCAGCCUUCCAGUUCCUGCCCGAGGAGACAUCUACACCCACGAUGGCGGGCUCAAAAUCACCAAUGCGGCAGCCAAUAUUUUCGUCGUCUAUGAUCGCCAGCACCAGGACGGCUCUCGUUCGCCUUCGAGUCUCUCCGUCGACUUUGUCAUGGGCAAUGUCUAUCUUAUCGAUUCUACCUAUUUUACUCCUUUCAAGUGGGGCAAUACCCGUCUCUUCGGCAACUUGAUCAAGGGUCUUGGCCUUGAUAUCGAAGGCUGCCGUCGGGGCGAUACGUACGUCAAGACGGUCUACGACGAUGUUGUAUGCGUUGUAGGCAACGAGCGUGGCGCUGCCUGCUCGAUUGGAGCAGUCGCGGGCAAUCUCGUGACCGUCUUGGACUUGUCUCAGGUUCUCGGCCAUCCGAAGCCGCAGAACGUAACCAUCUCCUACAUUCAUGGUCUGAAACUUUACGAAUCUUACCUUGCCUACGGUGGUGGCCUCCAUAGGGCCUAUUCCACAUGGGCCUCGAUGACGUUCUCCGCAACCUCAAGAACCUCGCCCAUCCAAUUAUCGGAAUCCCGUGUCAUCGACAGUGGGCGACUCUCGAGCAGUGCUGACAAUUCGGCCAUGGCCGAACAGCAUUUGACGUCGGACCAGCAUAAUCAGACCCAUCCCCCUGACCGGCUCAACGAUGUCACCACCAGUCAAGGGGAGACUUCGCAGGAGAUUAAAAACGCAAAAAGACAGAUCGAUGCUAUUGCCCAGGUCAUCGAUUUGCGAAAGUCUGUUCUACAUUUACUAGACAAGGACUUUGAUCUCGCUGACCAUUCCAACAGUCGCCACUUCUCCGCUGGCACGCCAAUCAGCUGUGCCAACUGUAAAAGAACAGGACACGAAGUCCAAGACUGCAUUGGUCCGGUAGACGCCGAUGGAUUCAUCGCCGCCUGCUCACUUUGCAACAAAAAUGACCAUAUCUAUGAUCAGUGUUGUCUAAGAAUGAACCUCAAGGCCUCGCAGAAGAACGCAAUGAACUUCGAAUACUUGGUCUUGAGGCGACAGAACAAGGCCCCCAUCAAAUCCAACAUUUGUUGGAUUGUCGCCUGGGCUAGGUGCGAAUGUCCGCGGAUCAUCUUGCCACAUACCAGAGCGUUCGCUCUUGAGUUGUCCAACUGCAAGACUGCCACGGCUCCCUAUCCAGAUUGGAGAACUUAUAGCUACCCUGCAUCUGCAGAUGAAGUCAGGGCGGAACGCGGCUUGUUGCUUCGCGACCCAGCCACUGUCUACGAAGGCGGAGAAGGGUGCUAUCUCAGCCCGGGAUCCCAAUGCUCCCGAUUCAUUUCUGACUUUUGUGCAGUCAAAAAGAGAAUGGAGCAACUGGGUGUCAAGUUUCACCCAGAGCUUAGUAAAGACGCCAAUAAUAAGCCCAAGAAGAGGAAGAAAAAGAAAAUUGCCAAUAACAAGACGGACGAGAACCCUUUUGCCACCGGUGCCAACUGCACCGUUCUUCAACGCCCUCUUCCACCGGCGCCGCCUGCGCGCAGCGUGGCUUCAGUUAAGAUCAAACAAGAGCAUGAGGACUGA